CUGGCUUCUACCUGAGGAGUGAAGAUGAAAAGUUUGCUCUUCGUCACCUUGUGUUUCUCGACGUGUUCGCUCAUGGUUGACGGACGGCAUCCAACCUGUAACUUCCUGUUGGAGGUGGAAAGAGACCAGGCGGAGUGUCUGAGGAGGCUGAGGGAGGAGGACGCUGCCAGCAGCCACAAAGGGCCAGGAUGCAAAGGAGCAUGGGACAACAUUGCAUGCUGGGAAAGAACUGAUAUUGGAGAGACCAUCACCAUCCCCUGUCCUCGAGUCCUCAAGACUGUAUUCGGCAGAAAUGGUAACAUCAGCAGAAACUGCACGUCAGCGGGAUGGUCGGAGGUUUUUCCAAACAUCACCAGCGUGUGUGGGUCGGACACCAGCCAGGACAAGCUGGUCUUCUACGUGGUCGUGCAGACGCUAUACACUCUGGGUCACAGUCUGUCUUUGAUCGCCCUCACCACAGGGAGCGCCAUCCUCUGUCUGUUCCGGAAGCUCCACUGCACCAGGAACUACAUCCACCUCAACCUCUUCUUCUCCUUCAUCCUGAGAGCCGUGGCCGUCUUGGUGAAAGACGACAUCCUCUUCAACCGAAACUCACAGUGCUCUAACCAGCCGUCACUGGUGGGAUGUAAAGCCAGCCUGGUGUUUUUUCAGUACUUCAUAAUGGCCAACUUCUUCUGGCUGCUGGUGGAGGGUCUGUACCUCCACACUCUGCUGGUCGUCAUCUUCUCCGAGAACAGACACUUCAUUGUCUACAUGUUCAUCGGCUGGGGAAUCCCUACGGUGUUCGUCUUUGCGUGGGUGAUGACGAGGAUUUAUCUGGAGGACACAGGAUGCUGGGAGAGAAAUGAGAACCCCACACCCAAAUGGGUGAUCGAUGGGCCAAUCGGAUUCUCCAUUAUGGUGAACUUCAUCCUGUUCAUCAGCAUCAUUCGGAUCUUGGUUCAGAAGCUGAGGUGUCCCGACGUGGGCGGCAAUGACCAAUCACAAUACAGGAGGUUAGCUAAAUCCACUCUGCUGCUGAUCCCUCUGUUUGGAAUCCACUAUGUGGUCUUCGCCUCUCUCAGUGAAUCCAUCGCAGAGGAUUAUAAAAUAUUCUUCGACCUGGCUCUCGGAUCCUUUCAGGGUUUGGUGGUGGCAAUACUGUACUGUUUCCUAAACAGUGAGGUUCAAGGUGAGCUAAAGAGAAAGUGGCGGAGUAUGUGUCUAAACUGCCGUCUGAGCAGAGAUCACCUCUUCAACAACACCUUCGCCUCAAGAAAUGGCUCAGAGCACAUGGUGCAGCCUCACCGCAACUCCCGAACCCAGUCCAUCCUGCAGUCAGAGACCACAGUGCUGUGA